GCUAACUCCUCACUAUAACCCUCUUAAUUUCACCUUCAUCAAUAAUAUAUAGGCGGCCAUUUAGACAAUGUAUGUCGUCUCGUCCAUUCUACUUUUUGCAAUCGCUCUCAUCGGCCAGCAAGCGGCCCAGGCUCUUCCUGCAGAGUCCAACAGGCAUCUGCACAAAAUCUUCAGAUACCCAACAGGCACAAGCACCAGGUCGGGCUCCUACAUAGUCGAACUCCAUGCCGAGCAUGACGCUCGGGCGGUUAAGGCGGCCUCAGCCAAGGCCAGGUCCAUACUCAAGCGGUCAGUUGGGCAGUUCAGUAUUGGUCACCAUUAUGACUCGGUGCUCAAGGGCUUUGCAGUGCAUGCUAAUGAGGACCUCGACCCCGAGCAUUUAGCCAGGCUUCCUGGUGUCAGGCGGGUGUGGCCUGUUCGCAGACACAAUAUCGUUGACAGCCGUCCCGUCGCACACACUAGCAUCUACUCUGGCCAGCACAGGCACACUGGCGUUGAGCGGGUGAUGCGCGAGCUCGGACUUGAUGGCAGGGGAGUCAAGAUCGGCAUUGUUGACAGCGGCGUCGACUACACGCAUCCAGAGCUCGGUGGGUGCUGGAAGACCCCCGGCUGCCCGUGGCAGAAUGGCAAGGAUUUUAUUGGGGACUUGCAUGUCGAGGGCGACGCUAACCCGAUUAUCAAGCCCAACCCGACUCCGAUGGACUGCUACGGACACGGCACCCACGUCGCCGGUAUUAUCGCUGCCCGCGGGCCACGGGUUACAGGCAUUGCGCCAAACGCUACUCUGGGCAUGUACCGGGUUAUCGAUUGUCAGAACGGAUCAUCAGAUGACAUCAUCCUUGCUGGUAUCGAGGCGGCUUACAAGGAUGGCAACGACAUCAUUUCGCUUUCCAUCGGCCAGCAGGGAUGGUCGGAGGAUCCUGUGUCUGUUCUAUGCGAAAACAUAGUCAAGAGGGGCGUUGUGGUAGUUGUAUCGGCCAGCAACAGUGGAUACAGCGGGCUGUUCACGUCUGCGAGUCCUGCAGUGGCAAAUGGAGUCAUCAGUGUUGCCUCCAUCGACAAUUGGGAGUAUACCGGGACACAAAUCGAGGUGGAUGGGAAGCUUGGCAACCAAACGAUCACUGCAUCUGUUCCGAGCAACGACAAGCUCAGAUUCUUCUUUGAAAAGCCGGUUCCGCUCGUCCUUGGUGUCACCGCAAAGGGCAGCGCUAACGGCUGCUCCGCAUUCGAUCGGUCGUUUAAGGACAAGGUUGUGGUGAUUGGCAGUGGCAAGUGCACCGUCAACGAGAAGGCGAUCAACGCCCAGGCUGCUGGUGCAAUCGGUGUUGUUCUUGUCAUACCCGAGGUUCAGGCACUGUCUGCUGGGAAGACGAACUCGACGGUCAGGAUCCCUGUUAUUGCUGUUGACACAUCUCACCAGCAGUAUCUCAUAGAUAGUGUCACUAAAGGCCCGGCCACCAUCGCUGCACCCAAGCGUGAGCUGGUGAUAGUUGAGGAUCCAGCAGGCGGGCAGGUAUCUGGGCUCAGCUCCAAUGGACCUACACCUGAGCUUGCUAUCGGCCCUGUUGUUUCAGCUCCUGGCGCCAACAUUUACUCCACGUAUCUUGUCGCAAACGGUGGCUAUGAUACCAAAUCCGGGACGUCGAUGGCCGCGCCGUACAUUACUGGUGUUGCCGCUCUUCUGAAGCAGGCUCACCCCGAUUACACGCCGGCCCAGAUUCGCAGCACCCUUGCUACUACUGCCAAACCUCUGAGAGACCCCAAGACGCACCUCAACAUCCACCCGUACCAGAGCGGCAGCGGCCUGGUUGAUGCAUAUGCAGCCAUCACAACACGCGCUCAGCUGUUCCCGUCAUCGGUCAUCUUAAACAAUACCGACAUUGGCACAUUGACGAGCAUCCCCAAUGUCCAUAUCCCUGGAUCUGUCCGUUGGGCUCGCCGCACUAUCACGAUUCAGAAUUCCGAUGCUCGUCGGCCGGUGCGUGUCUCCCUAACACAUUCUGCUGCCGACUCGUUGACAGCGUGGCACGCCAACGGUACUCUCGCUCCUCCAGUGCGUGUGUGGCCUGCGGAAUCAUCCAUUAUUGGCGACAAGAACAAGCUGCCGCAGGUAUUCUCCGUCGAUUCGCAGAUAUCCAGCUCGAUCGGUCCUCGCCAGCACCGUAAGAUCGACGUCAUCAUCGUUGCUCCAUAUGGGCUGAAGGAAUCAGAGAGGUGGUUCUACGGCGGGUUCCUCAACUUUGAGCUUACAUGGGGUGGGUCUGGCGACGAUGUGCAAACAUAUGUCGUCCCGUAUGCUGGGUUCAACGGAGACUUCUCCAAGCUCGAUGUACUGGCUGAGCCCACGAGCGGCUUCCCCCAGAUUGUCGACACGGACUUGAAAACACAUGACGACCUGACUACCUUUGGUGCUGCUGCCAACAACACGCUCACUCUUGAAUACCGUCUGGAUCUGCCUUCACGUCUGGUCGCUGUAACACUACUUGAUCGGAGAAACACUACUGUCGGCUACCUGCCUGAUGGAUAUAUCGAGUAUGCCACUCGCAAUAUGCAGGAUGAAGGCAGCAAGUUAAAUGAGGUGGAGAUCAGCGGAACCGUUUACACAGACCACAAGCUCUCCAAGAAAAUCCAGGUGCCGAGCGGACUGUACCGGGCACAGAUUAAGGCCCUACGCCCCUUUGGCGAUGUCAACAAGGCGUCUGACUAUCAGACAUGGGUUUCGCAAAUCUUUUCUAUCGCUUAAUAGCAUCUAAUAUUGUAUCCGGAGUAUAUGUUUCAUCUACUGCACUGGGUAGGUAUCGGUCAACAAUGGCUAUCGGCUUCAUAUCCUGUCUGGCAAUGUAUUUCGAGGGCAUGACCAUUCUACAUGCCAUAACGACGAUAUCUGAAUUGGACGGCACAAGGUGUGCUACUUCGGAAUGGUCUUGCAUCAACACGUGUACUUGGUUUGACAGCCCCCCUUUUGAAUUGGGUUUCAGCCUGUGUUUUGAACCACCCAGUUCUGUUGUCUGUUGGCUGGCUGUAGAUGCUUUUCUAGUCGGGCUAAUUUCCUUAUUAAUUC